AUGUCGCUAGGAUAUUUUUUUGUGCGGGGUGGUGUGGGUGUGGGGCAUAGCGUUGAUGAGAUUUUGUGGGGAGGAAAGGCACAACGCGUGUGGGGUCCUUCGGAAUCGGGUCCAGAGAUGCACCCGGGAAGGUGCCUCCACAGCCGGACUCCAGGAAGAACCCUGGGAAGAAGGAUCAGUGAAGGAUGUCUCGGUGAGACAACAUAUCGGAGGUUUCAGUUGUGGAAGGUACCUUGGGGUCAUCGAGAUCCGGAUCCCUCUUCGACUGUGCUGGCCUCUUAUUGGUACUCCAUAAUGACCGUGGCGAUGGUUUCUGAUGAGAUUGGGUAA